AUGACGACGACAGUUACGCACACCAUCGCAGCCUGACGGGUUCAAAACAAAACCACGUUUCUCGUCGUCCGGUUUUCUGCUAGAGCAGAAAUUUCUGAAAAUUUGUGGUAAUCUAGCAGUUUUAUUUGGUGCCAACCCGUUUUGUUUUGUUUAAGUGAAUACCAAAACCGCUCACCAUGCCGAAAGUUAGUUCCCGCUCGGGUCCACCCCGAAAAAUGUCGACCAACAAAUCGAAACACUCGAUGAAUCCGGAGCGGCCGACCGAGGGCCUGAAAGGGGUGGCCAAACCUCGUACCAAGGCCACCAUCAAGCGGCUGCAGAUGUACCGAAACUUCAAGGCUAAACGCGACCGUAGAGGUAAAAUUCUGACACCGGCUCCCUUCCAAGGUUGGGUAUCCAGUGGAACGGUGUCGCGAGUGGAACCAUCACCCAAGUGGUUUGCCAAUUCCCGGGUGAUUUCGCAAAGCUCACUGCAAAAGUUUCAGGAGGAGAUGGGCAAAACUAUGCGUGAUCCCUACAAGGUCGUGAUGAAACCUACCGAACUUCCAAUUACGCUGCUGAAUGAAACUGCACGCUAUCAGCGGGUGCAUCUGUUAGACACCGAAGGCUUCGAAACGACUUUCGGGCCGAAGCGACAGAGAAAACGGCCUGCCCUAAAGGUUCGAGAUCUGGAAGAUUUAACAAAAACGGCAGAGGAAUCAGCGGAACGGUAUGACGACAGCAAGGAUCGAGAUUUGGAGCGGGAUGACGGGGGCGUACGAGAUCAGGUCCGCGAGUGGAUUUUCGCAGCCGGCCAGAGCAAACGAAUCUGGAAUGAGUUACAUAAGGUGAUUGAUUCGGCGGAUGUUCUGCUCCAGGUGCUGGACGCCCGAGAUCCAAUGGGGACUCGUUCGAAGUACAUUGAAGGAUUUUUGAGGAAGGAAAAGCCCCAUAAACAUUUGUUUUUUAUCCUGAACAAGGUGGAUUUAGUUCCGAUUUGGGUAACACAACGUUGGGUUGCACUUUUGAGCAAGGAAUACCCAACAAUCGCAUUCCACGCCUCGCUGACACAUCCUUUCGGUAAGGGAGCACUUAUUAAUCUCCUCCGUCAGAUUGGAAAGCUACAUGUGGACAAGAAACAGAUCAGUGUUGGAUUUAUCGGCUAUCCGAACGUGGGCAAAUCGUCAGUUAUUAAUGCCUUGCGGAGCAAGAAGGUUUGUAAGGUGGCUCCAAUAGCGGGAGAAACUAAAGUUUGGCAGUAUAUCACUCUGAUGAAGCGAAUUUUCCUAAUCGAUUGCCCGGGAGUUGUUUAUCCUACAGCUGAGACAGACACAGAAAAGGUCCUGAAGGGUGUCGUGCGAGUGGAGUUGGUCAACAACCCGGAAGACUACAUCGAAGACGUACUGGCACGAAUUCGAAAAGAGUACGUCAUCAAAACCUACGGCAUUUCUGAGUGGAGUUCACACAUCGAUUUCUUGGAACAGUAUGCCAAAAAGUCCGGAAAACUGCUAAAGAAGGGCGAGCCGGAUGUUCAGACUGUAGCAAAAAUGAUUCUUAAUGAUUGGCAACGAGGAAAGCUACCAUUUUACGUCCCACCGGAAGGCUUUGAAAUACCCAAAUCUGCCACAGAUCAAACCGAAACUGAAGCGACGGAAGACGAUCAGAAGAGUUCCUUCUCAGGGGUCACCGCUACGCCAACAAUUCCAGAAUCGAUCAAGAAAGGCAAAGAACUGUUUCAAAUUCAGGACUUCCGCAAAAUUAAGGUCAACCUGGAAUUCGAAAGUGAAGACGUUCGUGAAAUUGAUAAAAUCGAUCUGGAGCUGCUAGAGAAAUUAAAGCAAGAACGGAAGGCUGAAGCAACGAAUAAGCGCAAAGCUUCCGACAACCAGGAAAACGAAAGCGACGAAGAAUCGUCUGGUAUUUCUGAUUUCUACUCUGAAGACGAGUACGAUGAAGAAAGCGGGAAAGUGGUUCACAAGAGCGCGAAAACCAAAUCCGCUGGCCCCGCUGCAACGGAGAAAGCACAAGCUAAAACCGCCAGUGGAAACUUUACGGUUGUAGAAGACGAAAAGACGGCGGAAAACAAACAACCUAAAAAGACCGCCAAACAGCGAAGAGCUGCGGAACGAGCGGCUAAACGGAAGAAGAUAGGCAGUAACUUCUACGAAACUCACAAUGUUAAAAAUCGCAACCGAAACAAAAAACCAGCUGUCUAGCGUAAUAUUUCUUUAUUAUUUCGUAGUUUUAUUAUAUUUGAAAUAACACGCAUUCAAAAACUAGCAAUACU